AUGCGUGAUCUUCUUUGGUGGACUGCUGUGGCAAGUGGGCUCUCCACUGCCUCGGCAGUUGCUAUUCCCUCAUCUUCUGACAGAGAAAUCCGCGCGAGAGAUACCUGCAGCGGGCCCGCCGCCUCCUCUCCUACGACCUACUGGCUUCUAGAACAGGAUCACACAGGCAAUCCCCGAGGAUAUGCUCCUGAAGUUUCCAACGCCAACUACCCCGUGUGGCGCAAUGUGAAAGACUAUUCCGCCUCUGCCGAUGGAUCUGGCGAUCAAACAAGCAGCAUUCAGAAUGCGAUCAACGACGAUGGAUCGAAUGGCAGCCGCGAGGGUCAGGGAGUCACUAGAUAUGCCGCGGAAGUCUUCCUCCCCGGUGGAACAUACCAGCUUGGAAGCACUUUGAACUUGCGUGUCGGGACCAUUAUCACGGGUGAUCCAUUGAACCCACCAGUGCUCAAGGCGGCACCCAAUUUCAACGGGGAUACGUUAAUCAAUGGCUUUGACGGCAGUAACGGCCAGCCAGAGACAAGUUUCAUGACCCUUCUGCGUAAUGUGGUCAUUGAUACCACCGCACUCAGCGCUAGUACCAAGAUCACUGCUCUGCAAUGGGGUGUGGCUCAGGGAUCUGGCUUGACCAACGUCAAGAUCAAGAUGCCUACCAGCUCAACCGGACACACUGGUAUCAACAUCAACGCUGGGUCGACGAUCGCCAUUACAGAUGUCGACAUUACCGGUGGUGCCGUCGGCAUCAAGAAUUCCAACCAGCAGGUCAACUUCAAGAACAUCUACUUCAGGCAAUGUACGACAGCCUUCCUGGCUUCCGGCGGACAUACCGCUCUUCUCCAAGGCGCGACAUUCGAUACUGUCGGCUAUGGUAUUGACAUGACUAGCAACGGACUCGGAAGCAUGGUCCUGCUGGAUUCCACUUCAACCAACUCAGGCACCGUGGUGAAAUUCCAUGACUCCUCCAAUGAUGGCGGCGGUCGGAACAGCCAGAUCAUUAUUCAGAACCUCGUCCACGAUAACACCAACGCUAUCGCAGUCGACAGCAAUAACAACGUGAAGCUUGCCGCUACCAACAAGGUCGAUACGUGGGUCUGGGGUAACAUUACUCCCGGUCAGUACGUGUCAGGCAAGAGCCUCACAACCUCCAGGCCUGACGUUCUCUUGUCCAACGACAAAUACUUCACUCGCGCCCAGCCCACCUACGCCGAAUAUACCUCUGACCAAGUUGUGAACGUUAAAGACGUAAGCGGCCACACAGUCUACGGCGACGGCAGAACAAACGACGUGGAAUCUCUCAAUGCCAUCCUAGCAGACAACGCAGCCAACUGCAAGAUCACAUACUUCCCAUACGGAGUCUACACAAUCAAAGACACAUUGAAGAUCCCCGUAGGCUCACGCAUCAUGGGUGAAGCCUGGGCCGUGAUUUCCGGAACAGGCGAUGCAUUCAAGGACGCCUCGAACCCGAAGCCAGUAGUCCAGGUCGGACAGACCAACGACGUAGGCGUUAUCGAAAUCCAGGAUAUGCGCUUCAGCGUCGGUGAGAUCCUCCCCGGCGCGAUCAUCCUCGAGGUCAACGCCGCCGGUACAAACCCCGGCGAUGUAGCCUUGUGGAAUACGAUCGUGACCGUGGGCGGCACCGCUGAGACGAGUAUCAAGGAUAACUGCGACAACCAAGACACGUCGCAGUGCAUGGCGGCUUUCAUGAUGAUGCAUCUUACCAAGUCAUCGUCUGCCUAUAUCGAGAACUUCUGGGGCUGGACCGCAGACCACAAUCUAGACGGUGGGUCAUCGAAAACAAUCAUCUCCACUGGCCGUGGUAUCCUCGUCGACGCAGUCAAGGGCACUUGGCUUACCGGAACGGGAUCCGAACAUAACUGGCUAUACAACUACAACUUCAACUCAGCACAGAAUGUCUACGCCGGCAUGCUCCAAAGCGAAAGUCCCUACAUGCAAGGGUCAGGAGCAACACAAACAGCGCCGGCACCGUGGACAGCCGAGUCUUCGUACGGUGAUCCCGAUUUCUCAUGGUGCGCUGCGAACGAUCAGAAGUGUCGAACGUCGCUUGCGACUAAUGUCGACGGUGGCAAGGAUAUCUUGCUCUAUAACAGUGCCGCGUGGGCUUUCUUUAAUGGAGAGUGGAAUGGUGAUUACGGAACUCAGUGUUCUGGAUCGUGUCAGACGAAUAUGAUGCGUGUUACUGGUUCUCCGGAGAAUUUGGUUUGGUAUUCUGUUAACACGCGCAAGGCAGAUGUUAUGAUCCUUGAUGGGGAGAGCAACCCUACGGAGUAUAAUCAUCCUGGGGGGUGGGAGGCUAUUAUUCAGGGGUAUAGGCAGUUUUCUUCUUAG